CCCCACAAUACUGGGCGGGAGGGCGGGUGAGUGGUUUGUAUCCGGGCUGCGAGCUCGGAGCCUCCGCGGACCGGGCCGCCUGUCUCUUUAACGCGAGAGGAAGCGAUGCGGAGGGGAGGAAAAUGGCAGAGCUGCAGAUGUUACUAGAGGAGGAAAUCCCGUCUGGCAAGAGGGCGCUGAUCGAGAGCUACCAGAACCUGACCCGGGUGGCGGACUACUGUGAGAACAACUACAUACAGGCUACAGACAAGAGAAAAGCAUUAGAAGAGACCAAAGCCUAUACAACCCAAUCCCUAGCUAGUGUUGCUUAUCAAAUAAAUGCAUUGGCCAACAAUGUACUCCAAUUGCUGGACAUCCAAGCCUCUCAGCUUCGGAGAAUGGAGUCUUCCAUCAAUCAUAUCUCACAGACGGUGGACAUUCAUAAAGAGAAAGUGGCUCGAAGAGAGAUUGGUAUUUUGACAACAAAUAAAAAUACAUCAAGAACUCACAAAAUAAUAGCACCUGCAAAUAUGGAGCGCCCUGUAAGGUAUAUUCGGAAACCUAUUGACUAUACAGUUCUGGAUGAUGUGGGCCAUGGUGUCAAGUGGCUAAAAGCCAAGCAUGGGAAUAACCAGCCUGCAAGAACUGGCACACUGUCGAGAACAAAUCCUCCUACUCAGAAACCACCAAGUCCUCCCAUGUCAGGCAGGGGAACGUUGGGACGGAAUACUCCUUACAAAACCCUGGAACCUGUUAAACCUCCAACAGUUCCUAAUGACUACAUGACCAGUCCUGCUAGGCUUGGAAGUCAGCAUAGCCCAGGCAGAACAGCUUCUUUAAACCAGAGACCGAGGACACACAGUGGAAGUAGUGGGGGGAGUGGAAGUCGAGAAAACAGUGGAAGCAGCAGUAUUGGCAUUCCCAUUGCCGUGCCUACACCUUCACCACCCACUAUUGGAUCAGUGGCCCCGGGCUCAGCUCCUGGUUCCCAGUAUGGCACAAUGACCAGGCAGAUAUCUCGACACAACUCUACUACUUCCUCGACAUCUUCUGGUGGAUACAGACGAACUCCCUCUGUGACUGCUCAAUUUUCUGCUCAGCCUCAUGUUAAUGGAGGUCCACUUUAUUCUCAGAAUUCAAUUUCUAUUGCUCCACCUCCUCCCCCUAUGCCUCAGUUGACUCCACAGAUACCUCUCACAGGCUUCGUGGCCAGGGUGCAGGAAAACAUUGCUGAUAGUCCAACUCCACCACCACCACCUCCACCAGAUGACAUUCCUAUGUUUGAUGACUCUCCACCUCCGCCACCACCACCUCCAGUGGAUUACGAAGAUGAGGAGGCUGCAGUAGUUCAGUAUAAUGACCCAUAUGCAGAUGGGGAUCCUGCUUGGGCCCCUAAGAAUUAUAUUGAGAAAGUUGUGGCAAUAUAUGAUUAUACAAAAGACAAGGAUGAUGAGCUGUCAUUUAUGGAGGGUGCAAUCAUUUAUGUAAUAAAGAAGAAUGACGAUGGCUGGUAUGAAGGAGUCUGCAAUCGAGUGACUGGUCUGUUCCCUGGGAACUAUGUUGAAUCAAUCAUGCACUAUACUGAUUAAAAUUUUUUGCUUUUAAAGUAGGUUCUUAUUAUUCAGUCAUACUGUGGGACUAAUUAAUGGUUAACAAAACUGUCUUAAAAUGUGCCCAUAUUUUCAGGACAUGCUGUUUUAUUGAUAUAAUUGAAUGUCUACCUUGUAAGCAUAAAUCUUUGAGGCAGUUUGUAUAUUGCUAAACAGCAAUUUAUACAAAAGGCUGUCCAUAACUAUUUAUGCUUAUAUACUUACACAAUGUUAACUUUAUGACCAGCUUAAAUGUUCUGGGAUUCUGGGGUAUAAUAUUUAACAAAUCAUGAUUCAGAUUGUACCAUUGUUUCAGUGCAGCAUGGUUACUAAUGCUAUGUCAGAUUAAUAUUAAAAUCAGAAACUUAAAUGCUGGGUGCUGGUCAUACCUUUUGUUUAGACUCAUUCUUGAACUAUAACUAUUUGUUUAAAGCAUGCAUACAAAUUAAUUAUUGAAAUAUACUUCUUAAAAAUCCAAGAUGCUUCCAAUUUGUGUGAUAUUUUCUUGGAGUACUCGUACUUAGGUCUCUUGAAAUGAUUCGAGUCUCUAAGGUUUCCAUGUGAAACAAAACAAACAAAAAAAGGUUAUCUGUAAUGUUGUAAUUUGUAACUAAGUUUUUUAAUGAGUGAAUUUGCAUUAUAAAUUUUUUCCACUCACAGAUACAUAAGUGAACCAAAGGUUUUUGUCCUUUCCUUCACUGAUUUGUUUUUAAAAAAAAUAAAAGAUACUGAUUUAUUGCAGAA